AUGAAGCAGCGAAACACUGCUGACGAAACCGUCUUAGUCCUGGAAGUCGUCAAAGCUCGAUAUGGACCAGUUACUCACGGCGUGUACAUUGUGUUCUGCUGCUUCUGCAAUAUCUUGGUGACGGCGAUGCUGCUCACAGGUGGAUCUGCGGUCAUCCAGAAUCUCACAGGUGCCCCAGUUGCUGCUUCCGUAUUCCUAUUUCCGAUUGACUACAUCAAUGGCCUGGUCAUUCUCAUCAUCAUCUUCAUCUUUGCUUUCACGGUCUACUCAACCAAUCAGCUUCUCGGUUCUCCUGGACGAGUUUGGGAGAUCCUCACCGAACUUGCAGCCGAACGACCCUUGUCUGGGAACUCUGGCGGGAGCUAUUUGACAAUGCGUUCUCAAGGUGGAAUCGAAUUCUUCAUCAUCAAUCUCUGUGGAAAUUUUGGGACGGUAUUUCUGGACAACGGAUAUUACAACAAGGCGAUUGCAGCGAGCCCUAUCGAUGCUCUUCCAGGUUAUGUAAUGGGCGGAAUCAGCUGGUUCGCCGUUCCCUGGCUGACGGCGACCACAAUGGGUCUUGCCGGCCUCGCUCUGGAAAAGUACGACGUCUGGCCGACAUAUCCAAACCGUCUAGCUGCAGCGGACGUUGAUGCUGGGCUGGUCUUACCAACCGCCGCCGUUGCCCUGCUCGGGAAGGGAGGAGCUUUCAUGGCCAUCAUGAGCACUCACUCCUCAGAGCUCAUCUCUGUCUCAUCCAUCUGCACCUACGAUAUCUACAAGACCUACUUCAACCCCACUGCCACCGGAAAGCAGCUCAUGCGAAUCAACUACAUCGGCAUGGGCGCUUUUGCUCUCGUCAUGGCUGGAUUCGCAACCGGCCUCAACUACGUAGGGAUCUCCAUGGGAUACCUGUACCUGAUGAUGGGUGUCAUCAUCUCCUCCGCCGUCCUGCCUGCCGCACUCACACUUCUCUGGGAUGGGCAGUCAUGGGCUGCCGCAACCUUCAGCCCGAUCAUUGGGUUCGCUCUAUCAAUGACGGCAUGGCUUGUCACGACGAAGAUCAAGUACGGCGAGUUGAGCGUCGCCAGCACGGGCGCCAACGAGCCAAUGUUGGCAGGAAACUUGACAUCCCUGCUCUCGCCCAUGAUCUUCAUACCGCUUUUGACUUUCAUGCCGCCUUUCAAGCCCCAGAAGUACGACUGGCAGAGCAUGCUCAAUAUUCGCCAGGCUGACGAUCAUGAGCUUGUUGACGCUGCUCAUGUGGAUGUGGAGAAUUCGCCCGAAGAGAGGGCGAGGGCACUCCAGAACGAACCUGAUGAACAGGUCAAGCUCGAAAAAGCAGCCAAGACUGCUCGUUGGCUGACUGUGGGCGUGACACUCAUUCUGCUGAUUCUAUGGCCGAUGCCACUCUAUGGCACUGGCUACGUCUUUGGAAAAUCUUUCUUCACUGGCUGGGUCGUUGUGGGCAUCACUUGGCUAUUUGCCUCCGUGAUCAUGGUCGUCUUCUUGCCGAUCUUCGAAUCUCGGAGCACAAUUGUUCGGACCACCCGGAUGAUGUUUAAGGAUCUGUUCGGCCUGAGAGGAAAGGGCAAACCCGUCAGCGAAGGCAUGUCGCCAGGUUCUAGGACCCCGCCAGAGGUCGCUGAGAAGGCUGAGCCAAAAGUUUAA